GUCAGGUUCCCGGAUGCAACGUCGACGCCAUAUUUACGCCAGCGCUGCCGGGGCGGCUUCUGUGGUGCUGUUGCUGUAGAUCCACCACCAGUGUGGCCGAUAAAGCCCUUUUUUCUCUCCGUCUCUCUCUCUCUCCCCCCACUGCUAGCCGAGCACCAUGGCGGAACGAGAGGACUCUGUGUAUCAGGCUAAGCUCGCCGAACAAGCGGAGAGAUACGACGAAAUGGUGGAGUCGAUGAAGAAAGUAGCGAGUCUGGACUUGGAGCUGUCGGUGGAGGAGAGGAACCUCCUGUCGGUGGCGUACAAGAACGUGAUCGGCGCGCGGCGAGCCUCGUGGAGGAUAAUCAGCAGUCUGGAACAGAAGGAAGAAAGCAAAGCGGGCGAAGAAAAGCUGUCGAUGUAUCGAGAUUACCGGAAGCUGGUGGAAAAAGAGCUGAAAUCCAUUUGCAGCGACAUUCUGGAUGUACUGGACAAUCACCUCAUCGCAUCCUCAACCACAGGAGAGUCCAAGGUUUUCUACUACAAAAUGAAGGGAGACUACCACAGGUACCUGGCGGAGUUCGCCACGGGUAACGACCGGAAGGAAGCGGCAGAGAACAGCCUGGUGGCGUACAAGGCUGCUAGCGACAUCGCCUUGAUCGAGCUUCCGCCCACGCACCCCAUCCGCCUUGGACUGGCCCUUAACUUCUCUGUUUUCUACUACGAAAUCCUCAACUCGCCGGACCGCGCUUGCAGGUUGGCGAAGGAAGCGUUCGACAGCGCCAUCGCCGAACUGGACACCCUGAGCGAGGAGAGCUACAAGGACUCCACUCUCAUCAUGCAGCUGCUACGUGACAACUUGACACUUUGGACCUCAGACGUGCAAGGAGACGCGAUAGCAGCUGUAGUUGAGUUUGGAGCGUUCAUCCACUUCUUGAAAUUAUGCUUUAUCGUCUCAACCUUCUUUAGAAGUUCCCAAACUGCGCUCUCACGCCCAUCUGCAGUUGGAAGUGUCCACCACGAUUGUCACUCAAAGUCUCAAUUUGAUCAGCUGAUGUUCCAAAGACCUAACCGCACAUGGCACCCUGCACCGCAUUUCGCUAGUGACGACCAGAACACAGACGCCCCCCCGCCGGAAGUGGAGGAGGAGGCCAAGUGAGACCCGAACGCCUCGUCGCAAUCUUUUCCCUCCUUUCUCUUCUCCCACUUUCCAUCCUUCUUCUACUACUUUUUCCUCCUCCAUCUCCUCCCCCCCCACUCCCACCUCCUCGUAUGCACACACAUCCUACCCCCCAACCCCCACUAUCUUCAUUGUUGUUUUCCAAGGCUCUUUGUUUGCAAGAUUGUACCCUUUAAGGUCUUUUUUUUUUUUUUUUUUACAUACAUUUUAAAAUUCUUUUUGACACUUUCUGCUUCAUGUUGUUGCCAAGUCCGCCCGCCUAUUUCUGUAACACACUGUCCUACAUUAGUGUGUGUCUUUGAACGCUUCGUUAUGUUACAUGGGGAAAAGGGAAGCGUCGAAGCUUUUUAGGAACAACUCAAGUGCCCUCUUUAUAAAUCCAACAGCUACUAUUGUUUUAUUUUUUUGUUGUAAAACGACAAACAGCAGAAUGUCGCCGCUCUCUGACCUCCGCUCUUCCUGUCCGAACUGCUAAACAGUGGCUAACGGCGGCAGAUAGCUAGCUAGUUAGUGAGGUUGUGUUGUGUGUGUGUGUGUGUGUGUGUGUGUGUGUGAAAGAGAGAGAGAGAGAGAGAGAGAGAGAGAGAGAGAGAGAGAGAGAGAGUGAUUUUGAUUGUAACAAUGCAGUUUUUGCAUGGGCACGAACAGUUAAAAAAAAAUACAACAAAACAAACAAAAAAAAACAACCCCAGUUUGGGAAAUGGAGUAUACUUAACCGCCCCUCCCUUUCCCGGUUUCCUCCUCAUCUUCUCUUUCGCCUACCCGUCAUCUCCUCCUCUUCCUCCUCCUGGUUGGUGUGUGUUACGUGAAUCUGAUUUGUACUACUGGAUAUUGUCACCGGAGCCACAAGUACCAUCUGUAUUCUUCUUACUGAAAACACAGCAUGGAAUUAACAUUAAAAACUUCAAACUGAA